AUGGAUAACGAAUACAAUCGAUAUUAUAUAAAAAUUCGAACUAUUUUGGGGAUAAAUCCAAAGACGAUUCACGAAGAACUUGCUACAGCUUUGGGAUCCAAGGCUCCAUCAUAUCCAAUAGUUGCAGAAUGGGCAAAGCGUUUCUGUGAAGGAAGAGAAGAUGUCAAUGAUGAUCCUCGAUCUGGUCGUCCAGUAUCCGAGCUGACAGAUGAAAAUAUUGAACUAGUACGAGAGGUUAUCAACAAUGAUCCACAUUCAACUUAUGAUGAUAUUAUAGCUGAGACAUUUCUCUCUCAUGGUACAAUAGAAAGAAUUAUCCACGAUUGUCUUAAGCUGAAAAAAAUUACAUCACGUUGGUCAACAAAUGCAAGCUGGGUUGGCGAAGAUGAAUCACCAACUACUAUUGGUCGUCGAGGUAAAUUUGAACCAAAAACUUUAUUUUCUAUUUUCUUUAAAUCAAAUGGUCCUGUUCUUAUACAUGCUGUUGAUCCUGUCAGGAAGGAAAUAUGGAAACAAAGAAAGUCAGCAGGUACAAAAGGUAUAAAAUUGCUUCAAGACAAUGCUCGAUCCCAUAUUCAUUCCGAUGUUAUUAAUUAUUUAACAGAAGAAGGUAUUAUUAUAAUGUCGCAUCCACCAUAUUCACCUGGCAUUGCACCAUGUGAUUAUUGGCUAAAUGCUUACAUCAAACGUAAUUUAACUGAUCAAUUAGAUGAAAAACCAUUGGCUCGUGCGGUAUCCAAGAUUGUGAAAAUAAUUGAAGACAGCUUUGAAAUAUCCCAUCGGUAUUCCAAAGAAAAUUUUGUGAAAGCAUUUGCAAACUAG